UAAGUUCCUUCUCCUCCUCUGUAAGGAAAAUUCUCCAAAAAAAUCAUUUAUUCUCCAUUCUUAUAACUCACAAAUCCGGUCAUCUAUCCCCUCAUCAUCGUUAUCAACAUUCCUUUUUACAGUUACCUACCUUUUCCGGCCUCCCGGGUCCAUUUUCAGGCGUGGUUUUAGCGGCGACAUUUUUCCGGCGAAAGCAGUUUUUAUAGUUUUCCGGUUUACUGCGGCGAUAGCAUUUUCCGGCGACUAUUAUUUUGUCCGGCCAGCCAGACAGUCCGUUUUUUGCUCUACAUAUUUUUCCGAUAAACCAUUUUUCAGACGAGAUAUCUUUUAGGAACAAUGACAUCAGAUGGGGCAAAGUUAGGAGACAAGUUGAUACUAAGAGGGUUAAUGUUCCAUGGUUAUCAUGGAGUGAAGCAGGAGGAAAAGAAACUGGGUCAGAAGUUCAAGAUAGAUGUAGAUGCUUGGAUGGAUCUUCGAACGCCUGGUCACACUGACAACAUGUCUGAUACAGUCAGUUACACAGACAUCUAUCGCAUUGCGAAAAAUAUCGUAGAAGGUCCUUCUCAGAAUCUAUUAGAAUCGGUGGCUCAACUUAUUGCAACUACAACGUUGAACAAUCACUCACAGAUAUCCGCUGUACGUGUGGUAGUUGGAAAGCCUCAUGUGGCGGUUCCUGGACCUCUUGACUAUUUAGGAGUGGAGAUUAUCAGAUAUAGAAGCACCGAUAUGCCGAUAUAAAGUGCUUCUCUUUAGACCUUAGUGUAUAAACAUAAUGUCCAAUGUUGUUAUGCUACCUCUUUUCUGAAACUGUUCUACAACUUGUUUUUCUUUUAGUUGGCCAUGGGUUCUAACAUUAUUUGAUGCAGAAAUUUGAUAGUUUGCUCUUCUGGUUAAUGUAAUAUUACACUAUAUAAGAUUUUCAUUAUCA